AUCAAUACGUGCGUGCUGUGUGUACGAUAUGCACCGGUCACGAUCUACAAGAUGCACAAGGAUGUAUAUGUGUAAACAGUACGAAAAAUGAAACGAACGUUCGAUGAAGUCGUUCGAAAGAUAGAUCGAACACUACGGCGCGUUAAACCUACGGCAAAAUGGCAAACUGCCCGUGUCAGUGGUUUUGACAGAUCGUCAUUGCAUCGAGACGACACGCACACACACACACACAUACACACUACGUACGCACGACACGACGAUCGCAAAUGAUGUUCGCACGUGCGUGUUCGAUUACUGCGCUAUCGUGCGAAUACUGGCGACACUAGUGUAGUGGCAAUCGGUAGGUAAUCGAACAGACGAUCGUACCGGAUCUCUGUUGGGACUGCGGCAGGUGUGAUAAGUGUAUACAGCGUGUGUGUAGGUGUGUGUGCGUAUGUUAUGUGUAUGUCAAAAUAAAGAGACAUUCGAGUGUCAUAACAUUCGAGAAACUCUUCAAUUUUAAUCAAGGUGGAUCAACGGCGAUGGAUGUUUACACAGAUGAUGAGAAGCAAUUAGAGGACGAAAGAAACAAAACGAGUGAAAACUUUCGGGUGAGAAGCCGUACUCCGUGCCAGUUGCUAACCUUCCGAGCGAAUUCUGUGCUGUGAGAUUCACCCAGCCGUCUUGAAGCUCACAGGAGGAACCACUCUCUUUUAUCACACCAAAAUCACGUCCGGCCGAAAACUCGACUCAAUGAAUAAUUAAUACUUAAUUUCAAAACAACGUUUUCUAUUUAUUGAUCCGAUGAGAGAUUAAUAGGCGUCUGAUAAUAGAAAGAAGGAAGAAAGAAGCGAUUAUACUUAAGAUAACUGUUACUUAUAAUUAUAUCUCAGUGUAAUCUGCUUGAUUAUUUAUGUCUGCGUUGAUGAAUGGCUGUAUACUGGGAAACCAUAGGAGGAAUACACACAUGAUAGAUAAAAUGAGUAGCCAAUUAAAUAUAACAGUUAGACCAGAUAUAAGGUUGGAUACGAAGUGGUUGAAGACUGACUUACAACGAUUCCUUUACCGUGAUGGAUUGGCUGAGUUGUGGAAUGAGAUGGUACGGGAUGGAGAAAUUGUUGGUUCCUUCAGCGAUGGCCUGAUCAAUUCUGCAGGAAUUGUAGCAAAGAAGAGUGAUAAUGGGCGUUAUUAUUGUGGUAUGAAAGUAUUAUCUUGUUUGUGCUGUGAUGGAAUCUGUGGUCCACAACAUGGUUGUAAUUGUAUUCCUUGCCAAAAACUCGAUGAAGAGGAAGCGGCAAGAACAACAGCAUUGGUUGAGAAAACUAUACCUGCCAAGCGGAUAAUAGAGUCGUGGCUAUGGGGGCCACCACCAUCACUUGUUGACUUGAGAAGCUGUAUCGACUUGUCGAUAAGGGAACAGCGAAAGUUGUGUUGCGAGGUCGCAAAUAGUACAUUAUCCGCAACACGUUUGAGACAACGAUUAAUAGUUGCUCGAAGAUACUUCACCGCUUUGUCUCGUCAUAAGCCGCAAGAGAUCAAGGAUACCUCGAAUUUACCAAAGCCUGUCGGGAAAUUACAGAAAACGCCAAGACCUAACGAAAAGGCGACCCUAGGAUUAGCGCGCGUGGGUUCACGCGCCGCAUUGAAUUUUUCCUUCGCGUACUUGAGGAGAGCCUGGCGAUCCGGAGAAGACGUCGAGUUCUGUAGUGAAUUGCUGACUGAAUCAUUGGAAGCGUUACAAUCGUUACCCGAGGCGACUCUCUUCGACGAAAGUAACGUUUCCCAAAUCUGGUUAGAGGUCGUAGAAAGAUCAGCCAAAUUUUUGAGACAAGUUGUUACCGGGGAAGUAACUACCGGACGGUCAUGGCGUCCUGUGCCAUUGUCGGAUCAACACACGGCGCUUUGUCUGUUACUGGAACUAGUAGCGCAAAGAGCUACUCUCUCUAGUUUAUUGGACUCUGUGGUUUUGUUGUUACACCUCAGCAGUAAACACAAGAAUCAAGAUAAUAGAGUGACGCCGCCCGGGAGUACAGCGCCGCUUGUCCCAUUGUUGCGACGACUGAAUAUAAUCCCGGCGACCAAGUCUCGCAGACAUCUCGACGAGAACAUUACGCCAGGACCCUGCGAGGUUUUACUGAAGUACCUACGAUUGCCAGACGACGACGCCGUGUCUGUUGACUUGAGAAAAGCCGCGGUUAUUAUAAUGUGCAAUCUCAGCAGGCUGGCUGCUCCUCUCUUACCACCUGUCAGCGCCGAGUGCGGAUUUCCAAGGAACGGAGGCGGCGGACAGACAUACCAAGAAGUAUUAGCUUGGGGCGGCGUGAAGUUCGGAAACGGGUCCGCUCCAUUUUACUGCGACGCUAUCGCUGAACUGGGGAUAAAGCAAUUGUGCUGCACCGAGCGAGCGUUACUGAUAUUAUCCUUGAGCGGGAAUGUUUACAUCAUGUAUUACGGGUCGGAGACUCAGUAUCCGCAGAGGGUGCAUGGCUUCUCCGACAAGCCUGUCACGAUAAUCGCGUCUCAUUCGGAUGGCAAACAUUACUUGGCAUUGACGCAAGACGGUUGCGUGUAUUCCUGGGGAAACGGAGACGGCGGUAGACUCGGACACAACGACGACGUCUCGCACGACGAGCCGAAGCUGAUCGAGGCGCUUAUGGAGAAAAAUAUCGUGUUCAUAACAUGCGGCAGCACGUAUUCGGCGGCAUUGAGCGCCAGUGGCGAAUUGUACACCUGGGGAAGAGGAAACUAUGGCAGACUAGGCCACGGUAGCAACGACGACGUCACCUUUCCGACUUUGGUGGCGACGCUCAAGGGUCACAUGGUCGUGCACGUGGCUUGCGGUAGCGGUGACUCUCAGACUCUGUGUGUCACCGCUUCCGGCAUAGUUUUCUCUUGGGGCGAUGGUGAUUAUGGUAAAUUAGGCCGUGGUGGUUCAGAUGGUUCGAAAACACCGAAAAUCGUCGAUAAGCUGCUGGACAUUAACGUAGUGAAAGUAUUCUGCGGUGGGCAGUUCUCCGCGGCAUUGACUGCUCGCGGAGAAGUGUACACGUGGGGUAAAGGAGAUGCUUAUCGUUUGGGUCACGGUAACGAGGAGCACGUUAGGUAUCCUAAACUGAUCGAAUCGCUGAGAGACAAGAAGAUCAAGAACCUGUCUGUGGGUGGUACACAUAUAUUAGCACUAACAGAAGAUCAAUUCGUCUACGGAUGGGGCAGAAAUGACUACGGUCAAAUAGAUCCCACGUUGGGUCCCGUCGUAUCCGAGCCUUCUCUGUGUCCCACGCUAUCCUCGAAGAACGUCAUCGGCUUGGCGUCGGGACCGACUCAGAGUUUCGCCUGGUGCAUGUCAGCGUGGUCAGGCGGUGCCAACAGAGUGGCUUUCGUCGUGGACAUAUGCGAGGAGACGUUUCAGCUGCUCGACACGCUUCUGGCUAAGUCCUGCGAAGGUCUUCCUGGCAUCAGACCGCCCACGCAGGACCGUGAGUGCCUGGCAGUAGCUACGUUGAAUUUGCUGCGUCUGCAGUUGCACACUAUGCUGACGCACAAUAUCGACGCCAAGUCCGUCGGACUUGCCGCUACCAGUACGUUGUUGAAUUCUCUGAAGCAACGUUGUGUUAAUUUGGCAAGUGCGAUCGGAAUCUUAGCGACGAUACAGGAAGCGGCGCAAGCAGUUCUGCAGACCGGCUGGAGCAUACUAUUGCCGACGGCGAACGAGCGUGCGAAAACGUUGUCCAGCUUUCUGCCGAAUACUCUUAACAACGUAGAGCAGUCCAGUUCGGCGAACAACAACGGCCAGCGAUUUAUGGCCGACUUAUUGGUGUCCAGUCUCAUGGCGGACGGUGGUUUGGAGCUGGCGCUGAAGGCUGCGAUCAAAGCGGAAAUCGCCGACAUGCCGGACGAAAAGGACUUCCUUAUCGAUGUCGGCACGUCAAACGUCGUGAAAGCGAAAAGCGAGACGAGACAGGCGAUGAAGGACGGCUUCAAUUCCGGCAAAAAUAUCACGACUAUCUCGUUGCUGCAAUUGAUACAGCAGCUCAUACGAAACGGCACGUGCAUCACUCAGUCUAGACUUCAGCAAGGCUCGUCGCAGUUGCAGAUUGACCGGAAUGAGCACUUGCGCAGAUUCGACAACUCGCCCAGCUUGAAUCUCCUGCUGCGCUUUCAACGUCUGCUGAUCGCGCAGGUAUACGAGUGCAUAGCGCGCAAGUCACGCACUGAAGAUCUGCACGAUCAGGAGAUGAUGGGCGCGGAGUCGCUGCUGAAGAAAUAUAUCGCGCAAAUUUGCGACCAUGCGACCGAAACGUUGCCAUUAGCGGCUGAAAUAGGCGGUCGUUCUGUCAAGGACUUCGUCUCGGUCGCCAGCAUACUGAAGAGCGACAUCAUCAACGUGCUGCUGUCCGAGCUGGUGAUAUGCUUGAUACUACUGCAAGUGGACUGUCCCAUGCUGCUGAUUGACAUGAACUGGAUGGAGGUGAUUACGCCGAUAUUGGAUGCAUUGGACUACUUCGUCCGGCUAGCACCAACGAUGGAGAAAAAUGAGGCGGACGACUUGUCGUGGCCGGGCAUCAUCGCGCCACAACACAGCAAUAAGAUCUCCACCCAGGAGGAGCCAUCGCUGGUUCGCUGGGCAGAUCUGGAGAAUCACAAUCGCGACGGUGGUCUCUGGGUUGUAGUGAACAACAAUGUUUACGACAUACAAGAUAUUAAACACGAGGGCUCCUGGUCUCCUUAUGAGAUGCUGCAGAGGUACAUUGGACGGGACGAAAGUACGACGCAAGCCGGUGCGCCUUACGGUCCGUUGUCACCACCUCGUGGCAUGAUGGAUUCCUGCUUCGUCGGUCAUUAUUCCCAAGCCGAGCCCGACGAGAACGCACGCAUCACAAUCGAGAUGACCGAUGUCUGCUCAUCUCUUUUGGACACGGAGAGAUCCUUGGGAUUCUUACUGGGUUUACACUCUUACAGGAUGCGGCAGAGUUUAGCGCUACAAUCGGCGGAGGAGGAGGCCGGCGUGUGGCUGAGCGCGAGUUUCCUGCGGGGUGGUUUGCAGGUGUUGCAACCGCCAAAUCCGUACGAGGAGGAAAAGGACGAGGCGAGAAGCAACACGUCGACCGCCGCUAAUUCGCCCACAGAACCACCGCUGCCGAUACACACGAAGAACGAGCAACAGAAGGAAAACGAUGAUCGAACGGUCACGUUUAUACAGGCGCUAGCGGAGGCGCAUAAGACCGACGACAGUCAUGUGCGUGCGUUCUUGACGAUAAUCGACCGGCAUCAGAAGACUGACAAUGUAUUCUCGCACGCCGACUUUUACGUCGAUCAUCCCGUCGAGGAGAUUAGUCGCGCUUUGUUAGCUGUGAUUAUAAAGCACCUCGGUUUAGGUCAACAAGCGCUUACGCUGGCCGAGGAAGAGCUGAGAGUCGCCAACAGCGUGAAAUUAACCGCUCCAUUGGCUGACAUAAUGCGAGCGAUUUAUCAAGCCAAGUGGAAUUUGGUGCGGACCAGACAGCAGCAGAACAGAAGCUACAAGGAGGUCUGCGCGCCCGCACAGGAGAGAUGCAAGUUUCUCCUGUACGAAGUGAGGCCCGCAACCAGUUAUGAGGUAAAAGGGCUUGAGGAUCUCAAGCUGUUGCAUACUGAUUCCAGAUUCAAAAGAGCUGUUCAUAUGGUGAUCGCGGAUAUCCGGAAAAACAAAGCUUCACCGGGCGGUGGCGGUAGCAAGCCGGAAGACAUUUUGAACGCGUCGAUACAGAAUGCCAAAACGAAGAACAAACCGGAUGAAGACAUAACUUCUUCUAAAGAAGGAUUGACCGCUGCGACUUCUUCCGCCAAAUUGGAGGACAUAUUGGAUAUCAAGAACAAAAUCAUGCAGAUGACUGAGAAGAUUCGCUACGAGCCGGUGCAGUGGGCCACCGCUGAUUACAACAGCCUGACGACGAACAUCAUCAACUUCGUCAUGAAUAACGGCAUCGGCGGCGACGUCGAGACGUUGAGACGCGCGAUGUACUGUCAAAUGCAGCGCGCCAGAGUACGGGAACAGGGUAUCUCGAUGAUGCGCGAACUCCUGAAGAAGGAUUACCUGAUCACGUCGGUAAAGUAUUCCAUGUUGAACGGCUGGUUGGGCCUGUCAUAUGAGAACAAGUCGCUCAGCGACGGGAUCAUGCAUUGCUUGUACGAUAUCCAGUUGACAACUCCUUAUCAAAAGUCUAAGGUCAUCCUGGCGGAAGCUGAGGUAAUUUCAUGGGCGAUCCAGGCUUUACGGGCGUACGUCGUGCAAGCGGAGUUACCGAAUAAACAAAAAAUCAGCGGAAAAAGCAGCUUGAAUCAAGGAACUUACACGUGGCUGCGAAAAUUGCCGAGAGCACGGUUCCUGCUAACUAUCCUCGGCAUGCUGACCAAUUAUCAGUGCGCCAAUAAGGUCGGAUUGCUCAUCAACUCAGGUCUAUUAUCGAGUAUCCUGACUUUGUUGCGGCAAAUCGGACCGUCGUCGGCGAACUUCUGCGAAGCUGGCGAAGACCAAGGACAGCAGGGUGGCGGCGGUGAUGCGUCGAAAGUGAAAAUUGAGACCACGGCGAUUUACGAGGAUACCAUACAGAGGAGUAAGCCACAGAGCGUUCAACUUAGCGGCAUGGAGUUGGCAGCGCUGAUGAAGAUCGGCACGCGAGUUGUGCGAGGAAUCGAUUGGAAGUGGGGCGACCAGGACGGUCCACCGCCUGGCGAAGGUAAAGUGAUCGGCGAGCUCGGUGAAGACGGCUGGAUAAGGGUGCAGUGGGACAACGGAGCGACGAAUUCGUAUCGUAUGGGUAAGGAAGGCAAAUACGAUCUGAAAUUAGCCGAGCCGCCGACACCUCCUGACGACGACAACGACGAGAUCGACAGCGAUUCUCCGGUCGAUGCUGACAAUCUUGAAAACGCCAAUUCCCGUGGACAAGAACUAUAUCCAACGACUUGCCUGAAGUCGGCGUCGACAACUUUGUUGCGGAUAAUUCUACUUUCGUGUGGCAUAGAAGCGGACAAAGUGCCCACAACCUCUAUCAAAAUUUUGGCAUCGACGUUGCACGGUAUAAUAUCCACCGCGAAUAAAACUGGCGAAUCAAACACAUCUGUCCAAUUGGCGAGACAACAUCAUGAAACUUGGGCUACUUUUGGUCUAUUGAGAGCGAUCGCGAGGUCCAAACAGUUGUGCAAGUCUUUGAGUUCGCAAGCAUGGCUGGAUUUUCUGUUGAACAUCGUUUUAGACGAAACCAAACCCGGUCUUGAGAAGCAGAUCAUGGUGAUGAGACUGCUCGCGGCUGUUUUACCCUCAUGGGCGGUGGAGAGAGAUCUGAACGACAUGAGGCAGUUGUUGGAAAGAACUUUUGAGAUCCUAGGUCAAGUGGCGCUCGCUUGCGACAUCGCUCCUGGCGCUGAACUUCACUCAAACAAAUGCCGCAUGUCGCUGACCGCCUCGUACAGUUCCACCGUGGCGGAAGAGUUAAUAUGGCUCAUUAGACUUUUACACGGUCUGCCUGGCUGGAACACGAUCAUCAAUCGAUUCCUCACCUCGAAAUUAUCCUUGACAGCAGAACUGCUGAGCGACGGUCCGCUGAUUCAUAUCCAGAUGAACGAGAACGACGGUGAGAACAGUCUGAAUAUCCAGAAGACAGUGAUGGCGACUCUCGUAGUCAUCGGUGGUUUAGACAGCAGAAUUAGAAUCGGAGGUUUGGUGAAUUAUGAGAACGAGUUGGCUAUAGUCUGCAAAUUCACGAAACGUUCGAAACUGGUUAUACAGUUGAGGGACAACGGCAGAGUGCGGAAGAUAGUUCCGUUUUAUGCGGUGAAACGUAUCACUGAGAAAUUCCAACUAGACAGAAUGGCCUUGACGGAGCAGCUGAUAUCCACUUGGGCCACUUUACUUUUAGGUACUACUUCCGGCAUCGACAAACGGCCUGGCGGAAUGCCUAUGAUCGCUGGCGUCGUUAACUCUUCGAUAUUGCGUACUCAACAGCAGCAGCUCGCGGCCUUGAACGCUGGUAAAGCUAUGCUCGCCUAUCAGUCGAAAUUGCGGAGGAUCUUCAAAUGUCCGUUGAACAACGACGUCAACGAUGACGACCGUCAUAAAUGUACGCUUCUGCAAGAGAUGCUGUUGCGCGCGACGAAACCGCAACCGCUGAAACCGAUAUUCAAACGUAGAGAAAUCGAAGAGGCCGCUUUAGCGGUCUCCCAGUACUUGGCGUCUGAAUUGAGACACACACCCAUUCAACGCACUGCGAUGGCUUCGGAUCCGACUACGCCUAUAUCCGAAUGCUCGUUGAUCUCGUUGACGUCGAGUCAAAAGAGACACUGCAAGAGAUUGCAAGACGUGGUUACGAGAAGAAGUUCCACAGCGGCACCGGUAAGUCCCCUGGUAGCUCAGCUAGUCGAGAUGGGUUUCCAUAAGAAGAGCGUCGAAGUGGCGAUCAAAAGUCUCAGCGUCGGCGAGCAAGGUAGUGUGACGGCCGAAAGCGUGGUAGGCUGGUUGUUGGAGAAUCCGGAUACCGUUCUCAGUGACACGGAGACCUUGUCCAGUCCGGAAGGAUUGACGGACAUCGACGACUCGAUCAGCGAAGACAUGGACGACUCACCGUCGGCACAAGAAACUGCCUCCAUAGGCGGCGCACCACCGCCAACGUACAUGAAACGCUCAGACUUCUUGUCGGUGGACGAAUACGCGAUCUACGUGCGCGACAACGUAGUGCCAGGCAUGUUGGUGCGAUGCUGCAAGAGCUACGAGGAGGUGGAAUACGGGGACGUUGGCCAAGUGGUAAAGAUUGACCCGGAAGGUCUGCAUGAUCUCAAUGCGCAAGUCGCAUGGCAACGCAGGGGCAGCAUGUACUGGGUGCGUUUCAUUCACAUAGAGUUGCUAGGUCAUCCGCCGUCCUUACCGGGACCACCUACAUUGAAAGUUGGCGACAAGGUACGCGUGAAGGCGUCGGUGGCUGUGCCGAAGUAUAAGUGGGGCUCCGUGAAUCAUCACAGUGUCGGCAUUAUCACGGAAAUCAUUAAUAACGGCAAAGAAGUGUACGUGGACUUCCCACAGCAGGUAGCGUGGACCGGCUGCGUCGCAGAGAUGGAGAAAGUACCGUCCUGUCAUCACUCUGUCAUCUGCAAUUCGUGCUGUUUGUCGCCGAUCUCCGGACCCAGAUUCAAAUGCAAGUAUUGCGACAACUAUAACUUGUGCGAGAAUUGUUUCUACACGAAGCGAUCGCAUCGACACGGCUUCAACAGGAUCGCAGAGCCCGGUUCCGCGGCGGUCUAUGCUGGCAAGCCGGGAAGGUACCAUAGGCAAGAUCUGACAGAGCCGUCUCUGAUCGAAGAUUGGUCCAAAUGCAUCAGAACUCUGAGCGUAUCCUCGCGAGAGAACUGGGCGACGCGAUUGGUAGAUGGAUCUGGCAAAUAUUGGCAAAGUUGCGGUUCGCAAGGUAAACAUUGGAUUCGUUUAGAAAUAUUGCCCGGGAUCCUGAUACACUCCCUGAAGAUCAUCGUGAAUCCGCAGGAUAGUAGUUAUAUGCCCUCCGUUAUGACUGUCAGUGCAGGUGAUAACUUCGUCAGCUUGGUGGAGUUGACCACGAUAAGCGUGCGUCACUCGGAUACGAGCGUCACGCUAUUGCAGGACAUGAAGGAGUAUUACCCGUGCGUCGAGAUAGCGAUCAAACAAUGUAGAAACGGCGGCAUAGAUUGUAAAAUACACGGUCUGCGUAUCGUUGGACACAAAAGGAUGUUCGAGAAUCAACUGACAACCUCGGUAUCUUUUCUCGCGUCAGAUUGGGAGGUUCUGCAAGAGCAAGUGACGGCACAACGCGGCACCGACGCGGCAACGCCGCCCCAGCAAUCAGCUGUCUACGUGUGGGGAUUGAACGACAAAGACCAGCUGGGAGGUUUGAAAGGAUCUAAAAUUAAAGUACCGGUGUAUAGCGAAGUACUGUCGAAGUUGAAGCCUAUUCAUAUAGCCGGCGGCAGCAAAACUCUCUUCCUCGUCAGUCAAGAAGGUAAGCUGUACGCUUGCGGAGAAGGAACAAAUGGCAGAUUGGGUCUAGGAGAUGAUAACAACGUUUGUGAGCCGAAACCGAUACCUUUCCUAAGUCAGUAUGUGAUCAAAAAGGUGGCAGUGCAUUCAGGCGGGAAACACGCAUUGGCGCUCACCCAGGAAGGCAAAGUGUUCUCGUGGGGAGAAGGCGAAGAUGGCAAGCUGGGGCAUGGGAAUUGCACGACGUUGGAUAAACCGCGACUGAUAGAGUCACUGAAGUCAAAGAGGAUUCGUGACGUCGCAUGCGGAUCCGGUCAUUCAGCGGCAAUCGCGAGUAACGGUGAGCUCUACACCUGGGGCUUGGGUGAAUACGGUAGAUUGGGCCACGGUGACACCGCGACGCAGAUGAAGCCGAAGCUAGUGCAAGUAUUGAGCGGACAAAGAGUAAUUCAAGUGGCAUGUGGCAGUAGAGACGCGCAAACAAUGGCCUUGACGGCUGACGGUUGCGUGUACACCUGGGGUGAUGGAGACUUCGGCAAACUUGGCCGAGGUGGCAGCGACGGUUGUUAUACACCCUUGUUAGUGGAUCGGCUAAACGGCCUGGGAGUCGUUCAAGUGGAAUGCGGUGCACAAUUCUCUCUCGCCUUGACGAAGUAUGGUGAGGUAUGGACUUGGGGAAAGGGAGAUUAUUUUCGUCUAGGUCACGGUAACGAUCAUCACGUGAGAAAGCCCACGUUGGUCGAGGGUUUGCGAGGGAAGAAGAUCAUUCAUGUAGCUGUCGGAGCGCUACAUUGUCUCGCGGUGACCGAUACGGGUCAAGUAUACGCGUGGGGCGACAACGAUCACGGACAACAAGGGAACGGUACCACGAUCGUCAACAGGAAACCAUCACUGGUACAUGAGCUGGAAGACGCGAGAGUGAACAGAGUUUCUUGCGGCUCGAGUCAUAGCAUCGCUUGGGUGUUAGUGGAUCAACCUACCAACGGCAAUCAGGAACCAGUCACGUUCCAGACAGCGAGAGAUCCUUUAGGUCAAAUGUGUCUGGGUCUGGGCAAUGCAGCAGAACAGAAUGGCGCCGUUGCCACGACUAGCAAUACCGUCGCUACGAGACCGUCACUUGCCAGUAUAAUACUCUCGUUGGAGAGCAACGUCGCCAAACAGCAAGCGUUACAGCAUGUAAUAAAUGCCCUUCUCAUUAUGCAGGCACGUACGGCGAUAGUGACGGCCUUGCAGAGUCACUCAACCUUAAACGAUCGCGCUUCUGCGAAGCACACGCCGAUACCACCGGCGACAACGGACGUAGUGCCACCGUCGGAAAGUGUCAUGACCUCGAGCACUGAGCACGCAGUUUAUCAGAACGUCGGUGAUAUCGCGCAAGGUGGAGGCGAAGCUCCCGCAAACGCUGCCGAAGCAGUAAAUGUACCAACUAGUCCUAGAAUGACUCCCGAGUCCGAAGAAUUCCCAUUAGCGAUGUUCCCGUCCAUGUCCAGCUCCAGCGUAUCGUCGCGCGCCUCGAAGAUGUCGACGGGCGCGAUGAGUGUGAUCGCGGCUACUUUGACGUCCAACGCGCAGGUGGUGGGCGAAAGCGUCGCCAUUUAUUCCGGCUUAGACGAAUUCACGUCGACUUUAACGGAGGACGAUGCGAGGAUAUUAGUGGAUCUACUGAAAUUGGCGGUGGCCAACAGAGUCUGCUCGUCCGCCAAAGAAACAAUUUCGUCGGUGCUCAUAGCUCUGGGUAAAGUCAACUGCACUAUCGGCAGCAUGCUGUUGGAGCAGUGCGUGACCGAGUUAGAGGACACCGCGGCGAACAGCAAUUGCGUCAAUAAUACACCCCAGUCCGUGGUGCAAGAGACGCCGCAUCCCUACAUAGACGACACCACGUUGACCGGUAACGUGAAGAUUCCCGGCGCGGAAGCGCUGCGCGUAGAAUUUGAUCGACAAUGCUCCACGGAGAAGCGGCACGACCCGUUGACAAUAAUGGACGGAAGCGGUCGGGUAGUAGCCGUACGAUCCGGCAGAGAAUGGACCGAAUGGUCGUCGGACAUCAGAAUCCAAGGAGACGAGUUAAAGUGGCGGUUCUCAUCGGACGGAUCCGUAAAUGGCUGGGGUUGGCGGUUCACGGUGCAUCCUGUUCUUACGACUCUGGCGCCGUACGAACUUGGCUCCGAUCGAGCCGUGUUGUCGCAGCCAACCAUAGCGGUAGCGGAACAUCUUCUCAUAGAUAACAGUCUCAUUAAUUCUGAUAGAAAUGUCGCCUCCCGCUUAGCGACCGCUUUGGCUCAGUGCAGUCAACUGGGUACUUUGUCUGCGCAACAGAGAAUGUGGGCGUUGAAGAAGUUACAGGUGGUUUACACGAACGGGCCGGGGAUAAAACCCGAGGUUGCAUUGUCGUCUUUGCUCGGCUCGUUGCCGCAGGCGCUCCUUAGACAAUACUCUUAUGAGGAUCCUUUGGUCAGAGGUGGCAAGCAACUUAUGCACAGCGAUUUCUUCAAGGUUCUCGUAGCGCUUGCAUGCGAUCUCGAGCUGGAUACCAUGCAGUGCUGCGCCGAGGUGCACAAGUGGUCCUGGUUCCGUAGGUACUGCCUCGCCGCGCGUGUUGCCAAAUCCCUGGUAGACCGUACUCCAUUGCCGAAAGCGUUCUGCUACGAAGUAACUAAACAACUCAACGAAAUGACGACGGACGGAGACGUGGAAACUAAGGAUCACGAAAACCACAAUAUAUUUAAACAAGGACACGACGAACAACUGCUGCAGUGGCUCAAUCGCAGACCAGAAGACUGGACGCUGUCAUGGGAUGGUUCCGGCGCGAUUUACGGCUGGGGUCAUAAUCACAGAGGUCAACUGGGAGGCUUGGAAGGCGCCAAGAUCAAGUUACCGGCACCAUGCGAAAGUCUGUCAGCGCUUAGGCCUAUUCAGUUGGUUGGAGGUGAACAAACUCUGUUCGCAGUGACUGCUGAUGGAAAAGUCUAUUCUACGGGUUAUGGUGCUGCGGGUCGUCUCGGAAUCGGAGGAACAGAUUCCGUCAUGGUCCCGACAUUGUUGGAAUCGAUACAACACGUGUUUAUAAAAAAAGUAGCCGUGAAUUCAGGUGGGAAGCAUUGUCUUGCCUUGAGUUCAGAGGGUCACGUAUAUUCGUGGGGCGAAGGUGAUGAUGGCAAGCUAGGACACGGUAAUAGACUGUCGUACGAUCGGCCGAAAUUGAUCGAGGAUUUGCUCGGUAUUGAGAUCGUGGACAUAGCUUGCGGUGGUCACCAUAGCGCCGCUGUUACAAAUGCCGGUUGGUUGUAUACCUGGGGCAAAGGACGGUACGGGCGUCUCGGCCACGGCGAUAGCGACGAUCAAUUACGACCAAAGGUAGUGGAAGCUUUGCAAGAUUACAAGGUGAUCGACAUGGCCUGCGGAAGCGGCGACGCGCAAACACUCUGUGUGACCGAUGACGAUAACGUAUGGAGUUGGGGUGACGGUGACUACGGAAAGUUAGGUAGAGGCGGUAGCGAUGGAUGCAAAGUCCCUCUGAAGAUAGAUUCGUUAGCUGGACUUGGUGUAAUUAAAGUCGAGUGUGGCAGCCAGUUCUCCGUUGCCUUAACAAGAUCUGGAGCAGUGUACACCUGGGGUAAAGGAGAUUAUCAUCGUUUGGGUCAUGGUACGGAUGAUCAUGUACGAAGACCACGCAAGGUAGCUGCAUUGCAAGGGAAGAAGAUUAUUUCGAUAGCGACGGGUUCGUUGCACUGCGUCGCUUGUUCCGACAAAGGAGAAGUUUUCACUUGGGGUGACAAUGACGAGGGACAACUCGGCGAUGGUACCACGAGCGCUCUACAGAGGCCACGAUUGGUACACGCAUUGCAAGCUAAGAAGAUUACGAGGGUCGCGUGUGGUAGUGCGCAUACAUUAGCCUGGAGCACGGCGAAAGCCACGCAAAGCAAAAUGCCAGCGACUGCACCUAUGGAAUACGAUCUAGUGAAAGAGAUACCAUUCUCCGUGCUACGCAAUAGACUGGUAUUGUUGCACCAUUUCGCUGAGCUUCUGUGCCCCGCCUUGGCGAUGUUCCCGACUACCGGGCACAUCGGAUUGGACAAACUGGGUCCUAUGUUGGUGUAUACUAUAAAAGAGGCGACAUUCCGCAAAGUCGUGCAAGCCACGAUGGUAAGAGACCGUCAACACGGGCCUGUGAUCGAACUGAACAGGAUACAGGUGAAGAAGGCGAGAGGUAAGGGCGGAUACGCUGGACCGGACGGUAUCAAGUCGGUUUUCGGUCAAAUGGUGUCCAAAAUGUCUCUCCUAACGCAAGACGUACUGUUUCUACCUCAUAGAGUAUGGAAAGUGAAGUUUGUCGGAGAAAGCGUCGAUGAUUGUGGCGGUGGUUACAGCGAGAGCAUAGCGGAGAUGUGCGACGAGUUGCAGAAUGGUUCCUUGCCGUUACUUAUGCCUACGCCAAAUGGUCGCGACGACAACGGCACAAAUCGAGAUUGCUUCUUAUUAAAUUCCUUCUCCGAGUCGCAGUUGCACAUGACUAUGUUUCAAUUCUUAGGCAUCUUGAUGGGCAUCGCCAUAAGAACAGGCAGCCCGUUGAGCCUAAAUCUAGCUGAGCCGGUUUGGAAGCAACUCGCCGGUAUGCCUCUGACACCCUCAGACUUGACAGAGAUCGACAGAGACUAUGUUCCUGGCUUACUUUGUAUCAGAGAUAUGGACCCGGAUGAGAAGGUUUUUCAGACGUUAGAAAUGCCAUUUUCCACACCGUCUGCAUCCGGGCACGACGUGGUAUUGUCUAACAGAUACCUUAAGAUAACACCAGAAAAUAGACACGAAUAUGUAAAGUUGGCGUUAGAUUAUAGAUUACGCGAAUUCAACACUCAAGUAGCAGCGGUACGAGAAGGUUUAUCGAAAGUUGUUCCUGUGCCUCUCCUGGCAUUGUUUAGCGGUCCUGAACUUGAAACAAUGGUUUGCGGUAGUCCAGAUAUACAAAUUAAUUUAUUGAAGUCUGUUGCAACAUACAAAGGUAUUGAACCAAGUGCACCGCUUAUUCAAUGGUUCUGGGACGUCAUGGAGGAGUUCUCUAAUCAAGAGCGAUCGCUUUUCCUUCGUUUUGUUUGGGGUAGAACGCGUUUACCGCGCACAAUCGCCGAUUUUAGAGGCAGAGACUUUGUUUUACAAGUAAUGGAAAAGUACAACCCACCGGACCAGUUUCUUCCUGAAAGCUACACCUGCUUUUUCCUUCUGAAAAUGCCGAGAUAUUCAUGCAAAACCAUUCUUCGGCAAAAGCUGAAAUACGCGAUUCAUUUUUGUAAAAGUAUCGACACAGACGAAUACGCUCGGGUACAAGCGGCAACUAAUUCGGACACCGACGAUACAGAUAGCUUAGCGAGCGAAGAGCACACGUCGCUUUAAAUUGGAGCUUGGAAAGGAAAGCAAAUGAUCUCAUAUACGUGUAUCGUAUAAAGCGUUCGUAACGCGUCGAUAAUCGCGUCGUACGGCACAUAAUUACGCACGGAUACUUGCGUAUACAAGUAUAGUGCAGGUAAAUGUUUUUAAUUCCGCGGUAGUUUUCCUGGAUUAAGAUUUCUUUGUAGUUUACGGAAUUUCCGUAUGACACGGAUACCUACGAUAAAUCGAUUCCUGAUAAGAAACAAAUAGCCGGACGAUUACUCGGAUGUGCUCGCUACUGAAGCGAGACGUUUCCGAGCUCUAUUUUGAAGUAAGACUCUCACUCGCUAAUCGAAACGGUUAUUUGUGUUUGAAGUGGCAUUUAGUUGACUUCUUUACGGAUGUGUUCACGGGUUCUCUACGAAGAAGAUCCUAUUUUUCUUACACACGUACUCAUCACAUUGUGCAUAUACUUAAAUGUAUGUACUGCUUUUGUAGCACGUGACCAGUAUAUACUGUAUAGUAGACAGUAAUAACGAGAAGUGAAUAAAUAAGUCAAAUAGAUUCAUCUCGAUUGAUAAAAUCGACCACUGAUCGAAGCGAAGAAUUAAUUUUGAAAUUUUUCAUCAGUUUCAUAUUUUCAUACUUUAGAACUGUUACUUAAAAAAAUAAUUUAACCUUCUUCAAAGUACAUAUAUUAAAAAAAAAUGUCGAAAAUUUGCGGUACUGCUAUUGGUUUUCUCAAGCAACGUUAUAAAUAAUAAGUAUUGCAAUAUUAUCAGUUGCUUCUUUUGUACAUUUAUUUUAUGAUAAUGAAUUGCCACACACUCGAUCAGUGUUUCGUACAUGCAUUUCGCAAUUGCAAUUUUAAAUUGAUUUAUAAUUUUACAUGAAAUAUUUUAUCUUCUUGAAUUUCUCUCA